AUGAAGCUGGACAAGUUCAUCCAGGAGGACAAGCCCCUUAUUCCUUAUGGGAUUGAUGAUGUUCACAGUCUUGCAACUGUUGACAUAUGGUUCAAGGGGAAGUGUCACUACUGUCACAAAGCGGGACACAAGACUGCUGAGUGUCGCAGCAAGAUUAGAGAUGAGAAGCAUCAAGCGAAUCUCACUGAGGAGGAUCUCGUUGCAAUGGUGACCGAGAUCAACGUGGUUGAAGGCAGCAACCCCAAGGAAUGGUGGUAUGACACAGGAGCGACCACCCACAUUUGCACUGAUAGGGCGAUGUUCAACACUUAUCAGAAAAGCAAGACUCAGGAGAAGCUGUUCAUGGGAAACACUGCAGUCUCCAAGAUUGAAGGCCGCGGCAAUGUGGUUUUGAAGAUGACAUCAGGACGUGAAGUCACUCUGACGAAUGUGAAGUAUGUGCCUGACAUGAGGAAGAACUUGGUCUCGGGAACCUUUCUCAGCAAGAAUAGAUUCGCCACAAGUCUUGAGGCUGACAAGCUCGUGAUUAAGAAGAAUGGGAUGUAUUUGGGAAAGGGGUAUGCUAAGGAUGGACUUGUCAAGAUAAAUAGAGGAGGAGACGGGUGUUACAAAAUAUUGAAGGCUUUCUUCAGCAUCUUUAGCGCUGCAACUCUCUGCUUCUUUGGACCUCCCUCGUCGCUGAUAAAAGAUUUUAGAUCAACCCCGGAAGACUUCACGAGGCUGCCGUCGUGGAUCCCCUUCCAAUCAAACAUUGCAUUUCGCUACCACGAAAUCACUUGGUACGGUGAGAAGAUAGAGGAAGAUCCAACUGGUGUCUCUGAUUCUAUCAGGUUCGCCUACUCCAUCUCUCAGUGCGAUGCAGUUUUCGUCCACAGCUCCCCGGAGUUCAAACCCGAGUAUCUUGGUUUGCUACGAGAUUUGUAUGGAAAACCGGUGUUUCCGACUGGGUUUCUGCCUACCAGUACUGAAGACGAAGUUGGAGAUGCAACAUGGGUUGGCAUAAAGAAGUGGCUAGACAAGCAGCGAGUCAGCUCAGUGGUUUACGCAGCACUAGGAACGGAGGCGAGCCAUCGUCCAGCGGAUCAUGGGUUGGAAAAAUCAGAGGUGCCUUUCUUUUGGGUUCUAAGGAACGACUCACAGAUUCCGGAGGGGUUCGUGGAACGAAUCAAGGGACGUGGCAUGGUUCAUAAUGGAUGGGUUCCUCAGGUCAAAAUACUGAGUCACGACUCGGUGGGCGGGUUCUUGACGCACUGUGGCUGGAACUCAUUGGUGGAGGGGCUAGGGGUAGAGAGAGUCCCAAUCUUCUUCCCAGUGUUGAAUGAGCAAGGGCUCAACACGAGGCUGGUGGAGGGAAAGGGAGUCGGUGUUGAGAUCCCAAGAGAUGAGAAAGAAGGAUCUUGUCACGAACAACAUUACAUACAGGAGCAAUUAGACUUAACAUACUUCAUAUGUUUAUGGAAACUAGGUUUGCAGCAAUAUGAAUGGUUGUCUUACUGUCACAUAAAAUCGUGAUGGUUCAUGUUUGAUACCCAACCCUUCAAGAAGACGAUGUAGCCAUUUAAUCUCACGAAGUGCACUGGCCAUUGUCUAUAUCCGACUUCAGCAGAAGAGUGAGAGAGAAACCCAUCUUGUUUUUUUUUUUUUGCUUUACAUGAAAUGGGAGAACCACCAAGCAUCACAACAUAAGCACUCAAUAAACGUCUAGUAAGAAAGCAUGCAUUCCAGUGUGAAUCACAAUAUACUGUGAGAGAUAAGUCUGAAUUGGAAGAGAGCAAGAUGCCUUGGCCAGAUGAACCUUUUAAGUCUCGAACCACGCAAUUUUCUGCAUCCAAAUGGGCUUCUUUCGAAACUUGCAUAACUUGAGUGAGAAUGUGUAUAGCAUACCUUAACUCUGGCCAAGGGUGGUUGAGAUAUAUCAACUAUCCAACAAGGCAUUGGUACUGCUUUGGAUCUGCAAGAAAGGUUAUAUAUGUUUGAUGGAGUUCCUCAAACGGACAAAUUUUCUUA